AGCCGGUUGUGGUUCCGGUUCCGUCGGCUGAGACACGUGAAGGUCGGGGAGUUGGUGCGGAGUUCAUCUCGGCGCGCUUGGUCCGGCUGGGAUGGAUUCCUCUUCGAAUUCCAACGGGGCGGGCUUGGGCUCAGUGGACCCGCAGCUGCAGCAUUUCAUCGAGGUGGAGACUCAGAAGCAACGCUUCCAGCAGCUGGUGCACCAGAUGACGGAACUUUGUUGGGAGAAGUGCAUGGACAAACCUGGGCCAAAGUUGGACAGUCGGGCUGAGGCCUGUUUUGUGAACUGCGUUGAGCGCUUCAUUGAUACAAGCCAAUUCAUCUUGAAUCGACUGGAACAGACCCAGAAAUCCAAGCCAGUCUUCUCAGAAAGCCUUUCUGACUGAUUUCAACAUUACAUUUUUGGAAAAGGAAGGUAGUUCAAGAAUAGUUGAGAAAAGGCUGUGGGGGGAUUGGCUCCCGCUUUUGCACUCUUGGAGCAUCUGGUCAUCAGAGAAUGAACAAAAGACCAAUUUUUUUGUGUGUGUUUGGGGUUUGAGGGUCAUAUGUGUAUUUGGUUGUGUGUUUUUAGUGUUAAUCUUGUGAAAACAAUUGACAGAUGAAUGGAAAACUUUCCUAGAUGCAUAUUACUGUAUGUGGGACUAUGUUUUUCUGAAAGUCCCAUUAACUGCUUUAUAAUUUGGGUAGUGGAACUGCUUUUUGUAAUUUGAUAGUGGGACCACAUGGGUAAAAUCUGUCAUUUGCAUGG